CAUUGUUUCUUUAAGUAGGCUUACUCUUCCUGUGUCUACAGUGUUGAUACUAUUUUCAACAGCGAGUCUGAAAAUUUGAGUCUCAUCCACACCGUGCACAAGAAGUUCAGCUUCCAAGCCCUAGAUUUACUCUUCUAGGGUUCAGAGCCCUUCUCCUGCUGCAUGUGGGCAGCCCUGGCCUGCCUGGGAGACCAACAGAUAAAAGCCUCUGAGCCAGGACUAACUGCUGCUUCUCUUCUCAGUGGGAACCCCAGCGUGGAGACCUGAGAAAAAUGGGGCCAGAUCUGAGAUGCUUUCCUCUCCUCCUAUUGCUGCUGGGACUGUGGUGUUCAGUGCGUCCACUUUGUGCCAUACCCAAGAAUCUCACCAGGGCUCAAUGGUUUACAAUUCAGCAUAUUCAGCCAAGCCCUCUCCAAUGCAACAAGGCAAUGAACGGUGUCAACAAUUAUACUCGGCACUGUAAGCCUCAAAACACCUUUCUGCACGAUUCCUUCCAGCACGUGGCCACUGCCUGUAAUUUACCCAAAAUCACCUGUAAGGAUGGCCAGAACAACUGCCACCAGAGUGCAAAGCCUGUUAGCCUGACUCAGUGCAAUUUCACCGGGGGGAACUAUCCGAACUGCCGCUACAAAGAUGCCGCCCAAUACAAGUUCUUUAUUGUUGCCUGUUAUCCCCCACAGAAGGGCGACCCUCCUUAUCCGUUUGUUCCUGUACACUUAGAUAAGAUCAUUUAAAGUUUCCAUCACUUUCCCUCUCACUCAGCAUGCGUUCUCUUAUGAUCUCUUCUGAUUUUUCUUUUGUUGAUCUUCCUGGUUCCCAUGGAAGAAAAAAAAGGAGGGUGUUGGAAAAAUCAGAGCGAUGAGGAUGUUGGACUGGAGUUGGGACAAAAGCGUAGGAUUCUUUUCUGCUUUGGAACUCUGUGUUUUGAAGGAAAGUAGUAGGGAAGAGGGCAAUGACUGGGGCCAGGCCUCCCUAUUUUCAGCCUUAGAACUUUGGCCAAGCUUUGUUGCAUUGUAUUCACAGCAAUAAAACUAUGUUCUGUUGCAUUCUAA